UUCUUUUCCUCCAUAAAUGUGUUGCAAUUUUAGGAAUUUGUCCAAGAUUAGGUGGAACCUUUGAUUUGCUUGGUUUGGAUCUUUGUUUGCCCAAGAUUAGGUGGAACCUUUGAUCCCCCCCCCCCCCACACACACUAUAUAUGAUUCUUGUUAGUGAAACCUAGAUUGUAAUUUUUUAUAUAUAUAUGAGAUGCCUAGUUUUGUAGAUAAUUAUGAGAUGUUGAGUUUUGUAGCUAUAUGUGAGAUGUUGAGUCUUUUUAGAUAUAUAUUAAAUGUUGAGUUUAUUUGAAAUAUAAGAUGUUGAUUUACUUGAACACAUAUGACAUACUAGAUAUAUAUAUGAGAAUUUACAAUCAUUUAUUCAUUGUGUGAGAAGGAGAUGUUGAGAUUCUUGUAAAUGAAUACAUAUGAGAUGUUUAGAUGAACACAUAUGAAAUGUUGAGUGUUUACCGAUAUUUGAGAUGAACUCAUAUAUGUUUAUUUUGAAAUUUGAAAGGAUGGUUUGGCUUCUCGACGAUGUCUACGACACAAAACACCGGGCCUACAUGAUGCGCGAGAAGGAGAUGAAGCUUGAACCUUUGAAGAUUCGGUAUCAUAGGGUCUCUGGUCCUGCCAUGCCUUACGAUGAGCGGUACACACCGUACAUCAAGCAGGCAGGACUACUCCAGGGGAUUCAGUUGGUCAGUCGGUCCAUGCCGAAUCUGAACGUUCCACUGGUGUCCGCUCUUGCUGAUCGGUGGAGGCCGGAGACGCACAGUUUCCAUCUUCGGACUGGGGAGAUGACCGUGACGCUCGAGGAUGUCUCGUUGAUCACCGGUCUUGCUAUCGACGGAAUGCCUCUCUGUAUGAGCACCGAUUCUGAUGGGUGGCGCGAGCAGAUGAUUGCUCUUAUCGGUAUGGCUCCUACUGAGGCUGAGGCUGAUGUAGAGGAGGGAGAAGAGAAGAAGAAGAGGGAAAAUAAAGCAGCCAGACCUGCUUUCACGUGCAUUCAAAAUAACUUUGCGACGUGCCCUCCGGAUACCACUGAUGAUGUGAUCCAGACACAUGCUCGUGUCUACAUGUGGUACGUUGUGUCGAGGACUUUGUUUCCAGUAAUUUUAGUGAUGUUCAAGCAAAUUAUGUGAGUGCUGCAUGGG